AUGGCUGGUGUGCAAGAAGCUUUCAUGGAUCCGAAGAUGCAUCUGUGGCUCUGCACGCUCUUUAUGUCCUUGAUUAUCGGUCAGUCAUGGGCCAGCAGCAUGAAUGCCUCCCUCACGGUCUUGAAGAAAUCAGUGCAGAAAGGCCCUCUAACAAUACAAGUCCACAGCAAUGGCAGCCAGGCAGCCAAGAUCCUGAAGAGAAGCACUCAAUAUUCUAGCAGGAGCAACGAUGCUCUCAGUGGUACCACUCUGAAAUGGGUCAGAUUCCGAGGGUCUGCCCCCAGUGGUGCUGUGUUCAUCUGGAAUCGCUAUGCCGAAAGGACAGAAUACCCUUGUUAUGAAUCAGGCUGCACACCCGGUUUCUACAGCCCAAACCGUGGCCCCUACUGCUUUUAUCCUUAUGGAGACAAGGAGCAUAAGAAUGCUCAGUUCUGGCUUUUGAUAAAUGAAAAUAACUUUGAAUCACUGAAGUGGCAAGACGAUUCCUGGGGUGAUGUUCCAUCGAAUUCUAUAAACAGCUGCCCAGGAUACCGACUAUAUGUCGGGAAGAAUAGAUACGGCCUUGGGAAGGUAGACCCCCGUAAUAGCGCUUUCUUCAUAGGGAUAGAUGGUAAGGAAUACUGGUAUAAAUAUUACGAUGUUCUGGUGGUUUAUAAAGACUAUCUCUCACAGAGCAUCUACAAUGUCCAUUAUAUGAAGGAAAGGGGGAUAUACACCAAUCAGAACUUGGUCUUAGUCUCCACCAAGCUCAUCAACAACAACUGUAAUACAGUGAAGAAAAUUACCUCACUGUCCGAAACAGUAACUAAUGAACGUCGCUGGGAUUUUAGCACUUCCAUCUCAAUAGGUGUGAGCACUAGCAUGUCUGCAGGGAUCUUUUCAAUAGUGAACUUGGGAUGGAGCAUCACUCGGGAGAAAACAUUCAGUUGGAGUGAGGGUUCUACAAUGACUGAGUCAGUCACAUUUUCAGAAACGGUAGAAGUUGAUGUUCCCCCUAACCACACAUGUGAUGUGUCAAUGGAGGGCCAAAGAAUGUACGGAAACAUUCCCUUCACUGCAACAGUGACUCGUGAAUAUCGCAAUGGGGACAGACGAAGUGCCACUGUCCAGGGAGUCAGCACAAACACUAUUGUGGCACACGUGGAUAUCCACGUAAAGCGGUGCCAACCCAUCCCAAAUGCAGCUUCAUCCACCCCUCCCCGCCUGACUGGGCAGGGCUCCGGCUGCCUGCAGCCGGUGGAGCCGUCACUUCCCUCCAUCAGUGCAAACGCAGGCACCCGCGGACCCAGCAUGUCAGAGAGCCCUAGCCAAAGGGAGGCCCCUGUGGAGGGACAAGAAGCCCCCACAGAAGAACCCCCCUGCGCCGAGCUAAAAGCUGCUGCAGAGAAAUGCGUUAAAGAGAACGGGGAAGAGGCCUGCAAGGAACUGCUGGAAGCAUAUCACGCGUGUCUGCGGGCACUGGGCCUCAGCCCCCAAGAUGUAGCAAACAGCUCGACGCUGCUGAGCCGCUAA